AUGGGCCCCUCUGUCAAACGCCGCAAGGUCUCCAAAACCGAAGAAGUCAAUUUCGACCCAGAGGCCCGUCAAGAAUGGCUGACUGGGUUCCGCAAGCGCAAGCAGGAACGUCUUAAGCAUGGGCAGGCUGCGGCUGAGAAGAGAUACAAGGAGGAGCGCAGACAUGAUCGUGCCAGGAUGCGCGAAGAACGUGCCGCUGAAUACAAAGAGGCUUUGGAAGAGCAUCAAAGACAACUGAAGCGUCUCAAGGAGAUGGACAAGCAGCUGGACAGGGAGGUGAACGGCGAUACCAGCGACGCCAACCCCGAUGCCGACUCGGACGAUGAGGAAUGGGGCGGCAUCGAGGAACCACCCGCGGUAGACUACGAGGCGGAAUAUAUCGACGAAGACAAAUACACAACCGUGACAGUGGAGGAAAUGGACCCGUCGCGAGAGGGUUUACGAAAGGCAGUACGAGAGAACGACUCCGACGCGGAAGAGGAGAAGAAGGAAUACCCGGUCGAGUCUGCCGAAGAAAAGGCCGACGAGAAGAAACCCAAGAAAGCGAAGAAGUACGGAGCAGACCGACCUAAGAAGGUCAAUAAGAAGCGGUCCUUCCGGUAUGAGAGCAAGGCGGACCGGAAAGUCAACCACGCCAAGCAACGGGCAUCAAAGUCGAAGAAGGCCGAUGCACGGAGAGAGAAGUGA